GGGAGCGACGCAAUUAUAAUGAUUCGUUCAAUCGGAUUUAGGGGGCGUUUAUUAGGUGCAGAGCGCUGUACUAAGCGCUGGGAAAGUACAGUCAUCAUUAAGGUCCCCCGGAGCUGCCGUCCAUGGCCGACAAGCUGGUCGAGUGGAGCCCCAUGCUGUCCAACCUCCUCCUGUGCGCAGUGUCUCUGAGCUCUGCAGUUCAGACUGCCCCGGUGAACCGCGGGGUGGCUGCCGGCUUCCUGCUUCAGGCUCUGGCCGCCGGCCUCGUGGCCGCGUCGCCCCUCUCCCCCGGGCUCUGGCCGGAUGCCGAUCCCCGGGCGGGCGCCUGGGUGGCCACGGUCGUCGGCUUCCCGCUCCUGGCCUUCGGCUUCCACUGGUGUACUAAUGGUCACUUGAUGUGCGCUGGCUGUUUUAUCCACCUACUAGCAGAUGCCCGGCUGAAAGAGGAGCAGGCCACGUGCCCCAACUGUCGCUGUGAAAUCAGUAAGAGCUUGUGUUGCCGCAACCUAGCUGUGGAGAAGGCUGUUAGCGAGCUGCCCUCAGAGUGUGGCUUCUGCCUGCAGCAGUUUCCCCGCUCCCUCUUGGAGAGGCACCAGAAAGAGGAGUGCCAGGACAGGGUGACUCAGUGCAAGUACAAGCGGAUCGGCUGCCCGUGGCAGGGCCCGUUCCACGAGCUGACAGCACACGAGGCAGAUUGCACCCACCCCUCCAAGACGGGCAACGAGCUCAUGGAGAUCCUGGAUGGGAUGGACCAAACCCACAAGAAGGAAAUGCAGUUGUAUAACAGCAUCUUCAACCUGCUCAGCUUUGAGAAGAUCGGCUAUACAGAAGUUCAGUUCCGCCCUUAUCGCACCGACGACUUCAUCACCCGGCUCUACUACGAGACGCCCCGCUUCACCGUGCUGAACCAGACGUGGGUCCUGAAGGCGCGGGUCAACGACUCGGAGCGCAACCCCAACCUCUCCUGCAAGCGCACGCUCUCCUUCCAGCUCAUCCUGAAGAGCAAGACCAACUCGCCCAUGGAGUGCUCCUUUCUGCUGCUCAAGGGGCCCUACGACGACGUGAAGAUCAACCCCGUCAUCUACCAUUUUGUCUUCACCAACGAGAACAACGAGACCGAAUACGUACCCCUCCCCAUCAUAGACUCCGUGGAAUGUAACAAACUGCUCGCUGCCAAGAACAUCAACCUCCGGCUCUUUAUAUUCCAGAUACAGAAAUAGGCCCCGGGCCCGGGCCCAGGGCAAGCCAGAGCACUGCGGAACCAGAGUUACCUCGGCCGGCGGCCCGCGCCCGGCACGAUCCCGCGGGGGCCGGGCCGUGGUAGAAAUGGAAGCGAGCCCGGCGAGGCUGCAUGCGUGGGCACCGGUGUAAGCCGUCUCAGCCUUCCUUCCUCUCCUCCUCUCCUCCUUUCCCUGUCCCGUCCCGCCCUCUCCUUCUCUCGUCUUCUCUCCUCCCCGAUGGACAGGCAAAGACCGGCCCCCGGCUCUCUCCCAACUGGCCCCGGGGGCAGAAGCUGGCCGGUGGCCGGCGGAGCGCUCCCCGGCAACCCUGCGAAGGUCUGGUCCGCUGGUCCGGGGAGGAGCGAGAGCAGAGGCGACCCGCGAUCACGGUUGAGUGCACAAUUCUCUGACCCUGGGAUUCAGGGCCCCCACCCGCUGGCGUCAGAUGGCAUCUUGGAUUGAAAUUAAAAGCCUAUCAUUUC